AUGCCUGGGGCAGGGGUGGUGCGAUCGGAUGCGGCGCGCGUGCUCAUUGCUAAUAGCCUCGACGUCGCCGCCGAGACCAUUGAGGCGGACUCCGCGGGCCGUGCGCUCGCCGACGCCCUUCGUGCGGUGGUGCAUACGGCAGAGUCCGACUCAGCGCACGCAGCAGUUCAAACGGCGGUCCAGAUGAUCGAGCCUCCCGUGCGCCUGGGCACGACACUCGUGCGGGCUGCCGUCGAGAGCCAGACCGUGCAUGCCGCCCUUAGCCUCGCGGAGCAUCCUGUGGUGCAGGCGGUGCUUCAUAGCGAGACAGUGGAAUCGACCGAGCGGUGGACCAAGUGGGCGCUCCAGUGGAUGGGCGCGAGCGAGAAGGUGCGAGGGCUCGGGGAGAGGACCAAACAGCUGGUGAGCGGAGCUGUGCAGAGCGACCUCGUCCAGUCCGCUGUCCUGGGCGGGGUGAGCCUCUGCUCGCGCGUCAUCGCCAGCGACACGGCCAAGAGCCUCGCCGCAUCUAGGUGCCUCAGCUCAGUCGAGCGGUACGUGGCUGGGUUCACAGCGAUUGUAGGAAAACGAAGGGACCAAAUCACGUUGAAGUUCCGGAGUGAAAAUUCGAACGCGUUCUCUCACGGUGACCAAAAAAUGUCCACCUCAGAGGCACCUCCGGAGGCAGGCCGCCGCACGCCGGCGACACAGCUCCAGCUGUCGAGCUGA